CAUUGCUUACCGCAGCAGACGUUGGGAUACAAGUUACAAAUGCUUCACUCUGCCAAGUCCGAUCUGAUCUAUGGGAAAUAUGUAUGUGUGAGGCUCCACAAGGGCCAGGCACAGAUGACACCUGAGGUUGCGGAAUCCAUCCAUCAACCGUCCGUAUCCGGUUAACCUGUUCUGUCCUCAACAUCUAUUUACUCCACCAUUACCGCGACUGAUAAUCCCAUGAAUUCGGUUUCGCCUGGUCAGCCAUGACCGACUUCAACAAUCUACCUUUCGUGACCAUUAGCUCGAGACAACCGUCUGAUGAGAAUGGAUUUAGCAGCGGGGAUUCUGCGUACGGUUCCAGUCUGGGGGACUCAAAACCCCCCUCGGCUACCCACGACAUUAGCCGCGUGAACUACCAUUUAAAGCGCCUGCCCGACUUUGCAAGAGCUUUGGAAGAGUCGGCAACUCGGGCAUUUCCGAAUCGCGGCAGCUCGCAGCGUUAUAGGAAAGUAUGCGUGCUUCUGCUACAUUGGGACUCAGACGAUUUGUUCGUCCUACCCGAGUUGGAAGAUUUAGAAAUAUGUUUUCAGCAUGACUACAACUUUGAGACCGAAAGGUUCACUCUCCCAUCUGGCAAUGCGCACCUGGAGUUGAUGUUGAAGAUCGGGGCUAUGAUAAAGGAUCAUGAAUCUACUGACACUUUACUGGUCAUUUACUAUGCCGGCCAUGCCAGAAUUGACGAUAAUAGACAGAGUACCUGGUGUGCAUCGCGAAGUUUAGAUUCGCCGUGGUUACAAUGGUCCGCAAUCCAAACCCUACUGGAGAGAUCAUUAUCGGAUGCUUUAAUCUUGUUAGACUGCUGUGCUGGGGCCGCAAGUGCUGCCUUUCCCACCGGUAGUAGUAUAACAGAAACCAUUUCGGCCUCCAGUUGGGAUGCUAUCGCACCGAACCCUGGAAGAUAUUCGUUCAGCGCCACACUCCUUGAAGUCCUCCAAGAGUGGAAGAGAAAGACAUUCUCAGUAGCAAUGCUUCAUGCUGAAAUACUCGCCCGCUUGAAGCACCCCCGCCCCGAAAGACGCAAUGGGGGUCACUUUGAAGCGAGAACCACGCCGGUGCAUUUUAUGAUGACCGCGAAUCAUAGAGCGCCCAGCAUUGAGCUAUGCAGGAUCAACAACGAUACAGUACCGCCUCCGCUUCCUUCUGGGCCCGCGUCAGGACGUAGCUCCUUUGCUGGAGGUCGCGCUAGCCCCGAGGAAAUUAUUGGUUCUGUACCAAAUGAAACCGUUCCGCAUGUGAUGGUCUCACUUGCGCUAGAAGAUGACCAGACUCUAAAUAUUGAAGACUGGGAACGUUGGCUUGCCAGCUUCCCCGCCUUAGCCAAAUACGUUCAAGUUCAAGGAGUGUUUAAAAGCCAUUCGACGCUUCUUCUACUAUCGUUGCCGAUUAUGGUCUGGGAUAUGCUGCCAGAUAAUCCUGCCUGCAACUUCGUAGCUUUCAUUCGAUCGAACAACCUUGUCGCGCGAAGGCAAGAAAAGGAGCCAGCACAACCAUCUUGGAAUCUUACACCGUCGAAUGUUGAAAUAGAAUCUGAUCAGGACUCUAUCUAUUCGGGUACUACCACGGUCACCUUGGACCAGUUAGACUCACUAGGAGCCAUGAACUUGCCUGUUAUGGACCGUAUCAAUGAGAGCGUUGACAGGCCUAAGCUUAGAUGGCCGGGCAUCCAAGCUGACACUAUACUGGCAACUCGACCGCCUGUGGAGAGCAAUGUACAGCAGCGUUCAUCAAAUCCUAUACCUCAAUUGUCUACGAAAGGAAUCCAAAGUUCUCUAGCUAAUGCAGCACGAAGUGUAUCUAAUACAUCUAACGCUCAGCUAUCUGAUCAGGCGCGAUCGCUCCAGUUGGCUGCUAAAGUGGCCGAUCGAUCUCCCACCAUGCCAACCCUUCCGGCUCAUGUGGAGAAAAGAUUAGAGGAGUUCUUUAUGGACAAUCCCAAGCCGGCUGUCGGGGUGAAGGAUUUUUUGGCGUCGAACUUAGGAAUUGAAACCGCCGAUUUAGAUAGCUGGUUCCGCCAUCGCCGAGAGCAACAGGAGGUGUCGAACAAACUACUAAGUCUACGGAUGAAUGAUCAGAAUCAUACGCAACACCCAAAAGACGGCGCUCGCAUGAUUCUACCAGGCCAUCUUAAUACACUGCUUGAGAUGUUCCCAACAGGUCAGACUGUAGUCAUUGACCUGCGCCCGAACGCCAGCUAUCAGCGCUCGCACAUUCAUGGUGCAAUCAAUUUCAGGGCCCCUGCAUCCUUUGUCUCACGGGCAUCAUUUGAGAUGAUUGAGAGGUCACUGACUGAUGAAGCCAGUCGGAGUUCCUUCGAUAAGUGGUAUACGAGUAAAUGUGUUAUCUUUUACGACAAAGUGGUUGAAUACCCAUGGGAUGCCCCCGUUGCUGAAGCCUUCUUUCAAAAAUUCAAAAGCAAGCAUUGGCCCGGCCAGGUUUUUGUGCUUAAAGGCCACUAUAUCGAGUUCUCGGAGUCAUUCGACAAAUACAUUGUUGGGACGAAUACCACAGAUAAGGCCAUCAAAUACUUAGCCAGUCUGCAGGACGCCUCCUGGGAGGAGAGUAAUGAUGAUCAACAACGUUACGAUGACUGGCUAAAACUCCUCGAUGAAGAGGACAGAGUUCACACCACAGAGCUGCAACCGGCAGUAAAAUCAGAACGGCAAGAAGCGACAGACCGGGAACAACAGGCACUAGAGGUUGAAUUUUGGCGCGCGUUCCCCGCUCUGUAUCAGCAGGCGCAAAAUCGCCAACCGGACGAGAAUUGGUCUGUUAAAGCACCCUUAGUGGCCCAUCUCGAACGCGGCAUCGCGAAAAUGCAACACGAAGCCGGGUUGUCACGCUCCUCUACCACACCGUUAUCCUCCAAUGUAUCACGUAGUAACACCAGCGGUGGCGACGGUGCGCCCGGUAACGGCCCGCCACAAUAUACUCGGUACCCUAGCGAGUCCCAUGACUCCAGGGGUAAGGGUUAUGCCAGAAAAGAAGCAGAGGGGGACUACAAUGCCUACCAUCACCAAUCGCACCACCUCAAUGUCUGGCAAGGCCCAGAACCAACUUUACAUAAAUCUUCUUCUUCGUCGACGUUGAGGGGCAAGGCGUCUGAGGAGCCGAGCUCCGGGACGAUGAGAGCCACCCCACCGACGAUGGGUCCUAGUACAGGCCCAGCACAACUGGAUAGGAGAGGUCCCGCAUCUAUAAUCAAACGAAUCAUGCGGAGCGGAAAACCGGAUGCACCCCCAUCUCGUUGAGCUGUAAUCGUAGGUCCCAUUUGCGAAAA